AUGCCUAACCCAUCAGCUGAGAAGAACAUCUUGGAGAACUUCUAUGAGAAUCGAGCAACGAUCUUGUAUCACGAAACCUACCACUUCGACUCCACAGUGGUUCAACCAAAUACUAGGGAUUAUGCAAACGGCCCUCAAUCCAUUUGGGACCAGGCCAAGUUGAAGGGGGCCUACUGGUCUUAUGUCACUCCUGACUCCUAUGGCUGUGCCGCCCUAUCGAUAUAUAUCCAAGAAUGGUUUAGAUCUGUCUUUCCGCCCGUUCCUCGCAAGGUAUAUCAAGCACAGUCCGGUUUCAUAUCCUCCUCGUCCACCACGGAGGCCGAUCUCUACCCACCUGUCAACUUUAGCACCGUACUUCCUGCAUCUUUCGUGGCUCCAAGCAACCCGGACAUCCCCAACGCCACACCUGACGCGAGCCUGUGGACCGAGUUUAGGGGAACGUCCCCGCCAGAAGCUCCCUCGAGCACAGCCACAGCCACGCAAGUCUCUGCUACCAGCACCUGCAAGAUUCACGUCGACGAGUAUGAACUUUGUGGAGCCGAAAGCUCCGACUUGUUUGCAAAUGUGAGUAUGGCAAACGGCAACGGGGACACCAUUGGCGAGACGGCGAUCAACUACACCUAUCCUUUGGGCAUGCCUAUCAACGUCGGAGACACCUAUUCAUUCCAACCUCGGCUAGGGCUGGCUAUCAUGAUAACAGGAGAGCAUGAAGGCGAUUAUAUCCAGUUCACCCAGGGAGAUUUGAGCUGGACCAGUAAUACCACGACGGGGGUGGUGAGUUGCACGGAUGGAGGAUGGGAGCCAAAGGAUGGUCCAGUGUGUGGACGCGAAUAUGGGGACACUGAUGCGAAGAAACAGAUUGAUUGCUGGGUCCGGUGUUAG